ACAUGGCGUCAUUGACAGCGGGGUCUUUGAGUGACUAGAGCAUAAACAUGGAAAUCUUCUGAAAUAUCUGAGAACUCCUUGAUAGAAAAUCACAUCGUUAUCUUUGAGCAACUUGAUCACCCACUCUAAAUCAAGGCUUCAGUUUUACAACUGUGGUUAAGAAAGACACUGAAAAUGUCUUUUGUGAGGCCAGGCCACAAAAAGAAGCGAGUCAUUACUCGAAAAAAGCCAAAUUGGGAUGACUCGCUCAAUGAUCUAUCGGUCUACAAGCCAUCAACACAAGAGCUGAUAGAGCGACAUGUUGCCCAUAAGUCAAAGAAUCACAUGACUGUCAAACUAGAGAAAAUGAGAAAAGCCAAACAGAAGAACACAAGCUUGUCUCAUGCAGAGGCCCGUCAGAUGGCCAUUAUGAAGGAGGUUCUGUACGACCAGCAGCAGCUCCAUGACACUUUAUCCAAGUCUGACAAGAUGAUGGCAGUUGUGAAAGAUCUGUUUGGAGAUGAUCCUCGGAGAUUCCUGGGUAUCCCCAAUGUGACUGCUGUGCCUGGUGGAGAUGGGGGACACACAAGGGCUAAGCAUAUAGUAGCACCAGUGAAGGACAUCCGAACCAAGUCUGAAACUAUGAGUGAGUCAGUCAUGGACCAAGCAGCACUCAAUGACUUUACAGACUCAGAAUCAGGAUUUGACUUUCUCCUGGAAGCAAGAGAUGACGGGGAUGCUAUGGAGCCCAUUGUGUACCAGCCCCAGAUGAACCUCCAGCGAUUCCAGCAGUUCCUGGCUGCAGAGGAGGAGCGGAACCAGACACUCAGUUCCAUCGGCGGUCAGGCACAGCUCACCCAGAAUGCAUCUGGACCAAUACAGAGCACCAGACUUCAGUCCACACAAGAUGUAACAGGCUGGGAGACUCCCAAGAAAGGUCACAAUGAGUCUAUCGAGAUGCUGCAGACGCCUCGUUCAGCCAUCAAUGACACGAGGAAAGUGAAAAAGACCAAGAAGAGAGUCUCCCCACAGAAAGAAAACAGGCCACAAACUGCGUCUGCUCUAAACCUUACAGAUCUCAGGAAGGUCUUGGGUCAUCUUGAGAAUGAGAUUGAGGAGUAUGAGAAACAAACAGGUCGCCGUCCGCCAGCUGAGAAGCAGAGAUCGGAGACGUUCAGUGGCUACACAGUGGCUCUUGUAGACUCUGUGUCAAAACUGGCAACGUAUCUGCGGGAGACUGACCUGCGCAUCCAGGCCGAGACGACGGUCAGGGAGCAGCUGACCCAAGAUGUGUUCCAGCUGAGACACAUCGUUGACACCCUCACCUCUGAUAUUAUUGUAACUCAAGAGGAUUAUGCAAAGAUGUUGACGGCGUUUGAGAGGUAUCGGUCUGAGAGUAAAGAAGAGAUAAGCAGGCUGAAGCUCGCACUGCAAGACUCACUGAGACUACAGUCAUCUCCACAUGAACCAUCCUCAGCUCCCCAUGUACAAGAUGGUGGCAUGUCACGCAUACAAGAUGGCGGCAUGUCACACACACAACACAGUCAAGAAGCCUAUGCCAAACCUACCAAUACCAUAGACAUUGACACAAGCUACCCAGGUCUGCCCGAGCGUGUUCCAUCACACGCUGUUGUCCUGUCACCUCCGAUCAGGAAGACAAGAGUCACCGACGGACCAGACCCACAACCAGCUCCACAACCAGCUCCACCAAAGAGACAGGCCUCCUUGAUUGACAUCUCCACCUUGACGGAGUCUGAUGCCUCUCAUAUACCUCCUCACAUGAUGCGACCUGGUCAGCCACCUCCCCAUGUGGCCACAGUGAGUGUUCCCCGUCCAGCACCCCUCGUACAGUCAAAUCUUCCUGGGGGGAGCCUCUCCACAUCAGGACACUAUCACCCCUCCCAGUCCAUGUCCAUGCCAUCGACUCAGACCUCAGGACCAAUGUCGGUUCAGAUUGCUGAGCUGAACCGACAACACGAAGAAGCACAGAAGAGACUUCAGAUCCUGUUUCAGCAGCAGGAGAGACAACACAUGCAGAUGGUGAGGCAACAGCAGCAGAAGUUUGAUCAGCAGCAACAGGUGAUGCAGCAGCUCAGCUCGGAUCCACAGCCUGUUGGAGUGUCGAGUUCCACAAGACCAGGCCUAGAGCAGGGUGUACAUGGGCUUGAUAACGUCUCACAUGGUGGAGUAAAUGGACAGUCACAGUUUGACGCUCCGCCAAAGCCACAAGCCCAGUCUCGCAUCCAGGGUCCGGUCUCCCCUCCCAUCUCGCCUAUCUCCGACCGAUCUGACAACUUCACAGUGUUACAACACCUGCAGGAGAGACAGAGACAGUAUGGUGGAGGUACAGGUCGGGAGAUCACUGUGUCCCUCCCAGUCAUGGAUCUUGAGAUGUCAGGAUGGAGUCCAUCUUAGUCUAAGACUUCCUGACCAGCCCAUUGACAGGACAUAAGACCUCACACACCUUCCCACCUUGACCGGCAGAAGUGGCUACAAGAAACACCAUCAUUCACACAUCAGCUGGACAUAUGUGAUGAAACAUUGUCUUUUCCCUCCUUUAUGUGACUGUUAGGGCUUAAUGGAUGGACGUAAGAGGCGACUAACCGUAUCGGGUGAUCAGGCUCGCUGGCUUGGUUGAUACAUGUCAUCAGUUUCCAAUUGCACAGAUGGAUGCUCAUGCUGUUGAUCACUGGAUUAUCUGGUCCAGACUUGAUUAUUUACAGACCGCCGCCAUAUAGCUGGAAUAUUGCUGAGUGCAGCGUAAAACUAAACUCACUUACUCACUAAUGCCGGCAAUGUGGUCUGACGCACUGAUAUUCGCUGCAGAGUUGUGGCCCUUAGGCAUGCCAAAAACAAAUUCUUGUGAGUUCAAGUCUCACUAUUUUCUUUCUAGGUUUGUCAGCAGCACACCUGUACUCUUGGCUGUCACAGGGGGACCCAUGAAGAUUUGGGUUAGAAUUGAUC